CUAACACUCCCAAUCAAAAAAUAACAGACGCCUCUCUCCUGAAAAAGAAAAAAAAAAACAUAUACACAAACAAACCAGACGCCGUCACAUUACUCACUCACCUAUGCACACACUUGAGGAAAAGCCAGUUUGAUACCUCACUUUCGCCUCUCCCAAGAGCCAUCGCUCACCACCAAAUCGACACCUUUUUGGCACAGAGAGAGAGAGAGAGAGAGAGAGAGACAGACAGACGGAGAGAUGCAGAGACUCGCUUUUCAAUAAACGAGCUAGAUACGAUCGAUCGCCGGAGAAAGCGAGAUCUCGUUUCUUGACUUAAUUUAGGGACUUGUUUUGGUGAUCCAUGGCAUCGGAGGAUGUGAAGACGACUGAAUCGGCUGUUACGACGAUCGUUAAUCUAGCAGAGGAGGCUAAGCUCGCUAGAGAAGGAGUUAAGGCUCCAAGCUAUGCUGUUCUCAGUAUCUGCAAGUCUCUUGUUGCCGGAGGUGUCGCCGGUGGAGUGUCACGUACAGCGGUUGCUCCAUUGGAAAGGUUGAAGAUAUUGCUACAGGUUCAAAAUCCCCACAACAUAAAGUAUAAUGGCACAAUUCAAGGGUUGAGAUAUAUAUGGAAAACUGAGGGUUUUCGUGGACUGUUUAAAGGCAAUGGCACUAACUGUGCUCGCAUUGUCCCAAACUCAGCAGUGAAGUUCUUCAGCUAUGAGGAAGCUUCUAAGGGAAUAUUGUAUUUAUAUCGACAGCAAACUGGCAAUGAAGAUGCUCAGCUCACUCCUCUUCUACGCCUUGGAGCUGGAGCAUGUGCAGGAAUAAUUGCCAUGUCUGCAACUUAUCCCAUGGAUAUGGUACGAGGGAGGCUAACUGUACAGACGGAUAAAUCACCUUAUCAAUAUAGAGGAAUGUUCCAUGCUCUAUCAACUGUGCUUAGAGAAGAAGGCCCACGGGCUCUGUACAAGGGUUGGCUUCCUUCUGUAAUUGGAGUUAUUCCAUAUGUGGGUCUCAACUUUGCUGUGUAUGAAUCUCUGAAGGAAUGGUUGAUUAAAGCUAAACCCUUUGGACUCGUUCAAGAUUCUGACUUAAGUGUGACUACAAGGCUUGCUUGUGGGGCCGCUGCUGGAACCGUUGGCCAAACUGUUGCUUAUCCUCUUGAUGUUAUUCGUCGGCGUAUGCAGAUGGUGGGAUGGAAAGAUGCUUCGUCAAUUGUCAUUGGUGAUGGGAGGAGCAAGUCCUCCCUCGAGUACACUGGCAUGAUUGAUGCAUUCAGGAAAACUGUUCGGUACGAGGGCUUUGGAGCACUGUACAAGGGUCUGGUACCGAAUUCUGUAAAGGUAGUCCCUUCAAUAGCAAUUGCAUUUGUGACAUACGAGGUGGUGAAAGACAUUUUAGGAGUUGAGAUCAGAAUAUCAGACUAAACAUGGGCUUCGCCAUGACGUUUGUCAAACCAGUGUGCUAUUUUUGUAGGCAGGAGAAUAGGGAGAAGGUAAAAUAGGGUAAUUUUAUUCCACAUUUCUCUCAGGAGUGAGUUUAAAGAUGUGUUACUUUAAGCCAGUCUCAUAAAUUGUUAUCCUUGAGAAUAUGCUGUUGCUUUCAGCUUCCCAUUCAUAUGCCUUGUCAAUAAUAAUUCCGCAGGAAACAGCUCACGUAGUGCGAUAGAAUGCCACUUCAUAAGAGUUGCAAAAGAAUUUUCUUGGCUUGCUAUGCGAUAAAACUAGUUGAUUGGUUUCA